GCGUGGACCUUUUGAACCAACAAGUCCCUCACAUGCAGGUGCGGGCGAGAAGCGAGGAUGUUUUAGAAACAUGUUGGUGUAAAGACUGCAACACCCACUCCUCCCACUCCCUCCGCCACAGGAGCCACGUGUCGCACAGGCACAUCAAGGCCAGGUCAAAGGACAAAAUGUUGAGAGAACAACGAAGCUGCGACCGCAAGGCGCGAAGGUUGGCGAAGGACCGCGAGAGCUUAUCCUCUCUCAACUACUGGAAUCAAAGCAUCGACUCCAACAGAUUGUCCAAACACUCACGCUCUUGGCACUCUGAACCUUCUGAACGCCUAGAGCACAAGCUCACACUGUCCAAGGACUCCAGCAGCGAGAGUGACAAGAGUUCUCAAAGGUGGAUCCAACACGAGACAGCCAAACGAGACCAGAAGAGCCAAUGGAGCGUUUCAUUACAACGACAUCAUGGCUUGGACGCCUUGGGGUCGAGUCGAAGUGAAAAAGAAAUGGACUUCACAAAAAAGGAACUGUUUAUGAAAUUUUUCAGCCAGGAAGUGGAUCUGGACGACACACAGUCCAACGAGGAUCCACGAUUUUUCUCGGACUCUUGGACAAACUCUUUGGAAAGCAGCGUUUCUACGCGGAAAAACUCCCUCAAGUUCAUUGGACACAGCAGUGGCGACUCUGAAGACACGCUGCAAGUGGUUGCCGUUGAAAGCAGUUCAGGUGGCGCUGCUGACUGCCACAGUCGGGAGUUUUUGACGGUGUCCGAGCCGACUCCGAAAUGCAAUGUCAUCGUGUACGCUGACAACUUGAGGUCCAAGCACAGGACGAGGUCGCGGACAGUUUCGAACCACGUGUCACCUGCCAGAUCGCCCUCGUCAGAGACCAACGACGACCUGCCCACGCGCGAUGUACGUGCUGGGUCACGCGUGCUGGCGUCUACAGUGUCCAAUCCAAACAAAUCUGUUCCAUGUGCUGUGCCUGAUGCCGAGCUCUCCUCGGGGAGUUCCGAGAGCGUUCGCACUAAAGUGUCCGAGGCAUCGACUCAUCUCUCGGUUACCGACACGGAUUCUGCGCUAUCGUCUGCUGCCAGCCGCCAGACCACGCCUUCCGCCCCCAGCACCCUGCACGAGGAGGUGACAACUACUUAUCCACAUGUGGGGAAAAAAUACAGCGACUCGGCAUAUCAGACAAAGGAGUCGUCUAUGGACAUGUUUGACGACCCGAGGCGCAAGGGCAGUGUGACAACUCUACGAGGGGAGGACAAGAAAGUCACACAGAGGCUGCACCAGGCGGCCGUCAAGUUGUUCGUCCUGCAGCAGCGCGUGCGCAAAGGUCGUCUGAGCCGGGACAGCGCCGUGAGCACCAUUUCCGAAGAUGAAGCAACGAUGGACAACUACGAAGACCUGCCCGUCAGUUAUUAUCCGAGCUUCUCGAAGACAGGACGCAGGCAAACCCUGCUGCCAGAAAAACUGAGCGGGAAGACGCCCCGCCAUCAUGGCAUCACCGAGGAAGAAGAGCAAGAGACUGAUCUUGACCUCAGUGUCAAGGACUUGUCCUCUGCCCCUGAGUUAUUGCCGCUGUCGGAGACGCAAGGCCAAGUGUUACAACUUGAACAACUUACAGAAACUGUGGAAGUUUGAGUGAAAACAAGUCUCACACCUCUUUGAGGACAAUACACGUGAAUUUUAAACAGUGGGACAUUGAGAGAGAA